AUGCAUCCCUGCUGCACACAGUUUGUGCAUUUUCUUAUGGCCUAUGCCAUCUCCAUCUUAAACAUCCGCACCAAAGCCCAUAAAAUGCAUGUCCUUCACUCCACAUCCCACCCUCUUUGUUCUUCCCCGCAACUAUCCAAUAUGAGCAAACUGAUAAAACUCAUCCCUCUGCCUACAUCUCUCCGACGUCGUUCAGGCGUUCCAUCCACCAAAUCAAAUCGACUUUCGUCCCUUCCUCCUAUAACAGUACUUCCCGGCGUUUUGGACAUUUCACAAGCCGCCGUAGACGCACUUGGGGAGCUGGAAGAGGACGCCUCUCAAUCAGACUUAGCGCCGGAAUGGCUAGCUUUUGACGACUCUACGCUCGAUUCUCUUAGCUUGACGACAGGGUCUUCGUCUCGGCGACCUUCGAGUUGUACGCUUCCACAGACCCCGUUACCGUCCCGAGCUCCUUCCUGUUCUUGUCGGCGAUUACCAGUCCCGCUCCCGAUACCACCGAUGCCCAAAACACCUUCCCCGCGACCACCAACGCAGGCGAAUCAAUUUGUCUUGGACUCUGUUAGGGACAUGGGUAUCCAACCUUCGCUGCACCGAAACCAAUCGUAUCCGCUUCCCAGACAUCAGGAGCUGGACGUUGGUCGCAAAGCCUCUUUCGCUGAUAGUCUGGCAAGCUCGGCCGACGAAUCACUUAUGGAGGCCUUCCCCCUCCCUCCCCAAGCGACAUUCACCAAACGAAUCUCACCUCAGGCGCUCCUCCGACAAGGGGUCAAUAGGCCGAGGGUCUGUGAGGAGACUGGGCCGUUGAUCAUCGUGAAACGUGAUUCGGGAAUGAGCUCCGGGCGAAGUAGCGUCGCAACAAAUCGCAAAUCGGAGAGUACGAUGGAUGAUAUCCUCCAAUCACUCGACGAUGUUUAUGCCGCCUUCAAGAAUGGUGCUCCUUCUUCAUCAGAAGGACUUGCCGACCUUGACAUGGCCCUUCCGCCAGUCAUUGUCGAUAUUCGUGGAACUUGGCCGGUCGCGGCGAACACGCGUACGCAAACUGGACCCUACAGUUUCCUCGUUACGCGGGUGCAGAGUCUGCAAAGUUUUGGCACGUUUGCUUCAGGAUCGAGGUCGAUGCCCGAUCUCGUCAACGGGGCUUUCUGA